UAGUGACAUUAUUCAGUGUCACCUCUUUAUUUUAGUUUUUAGCUCUAUUCGCAGUGGUGACAUUAGGGAAAUAAUACUGAAAUGCAUUGUACGCGCGCAUUCUCUGCUUCUCCCUAACGUCUGAAUUGAACUUUAUUAGUGUACGAACUCCGUUGUGAUAGUGAUACAGAAACUCUUUCAUGGGUAUCUCUCGUUCCUGGGUUCGAGCUCUGUCAGCUCGGAAGAAAAAUGCAACUUUCGCUUUGUUCAAUUGGAAAACCACUCGAAUAUCUCAUAAUUUCACUAGCUUAGUUCCUAACACCUGCAAAGAGGCACCCAGAAACUCUUUUUGUUCAAUUUCAACUCUUCACAGCUGUGAUUCUUCUACUGCUAGUUUUGGAUUAUUGCUUAAUAGAGCCUGUUUACACGGCGUUGGAAUCCCAUCUCGGGGUUGGGAGUUGGACUGCUGUAGUUCCAUUUCUGUCCUUCCUCAUUGUUUUGUUAAGGGUUCUAGACAAUUUUGCUCGCUACCCAGUAAUGAACCGUUAGAUUCUGAUUCCUCCAAUGGUACAUCUACAAGUGGUGAUUUUGUAUCUUCCUCAGGAUCCCAUGUUAAGGUUGAUGAUUUCACAGCUGGGAAGGUUGAGGUAAAGUACCAAAAGCCUAUAGAUUUUACCACGGUGAACAAGAAUCUUCUUCCAACUGUUGUUCUUGUUGGACGCCCAAAUGUGGGCAAGUCAGCGCUAUUUAAUCGUUUAAUUCGGAGGAGGGAGGCUCUAGUCUUCAACACUCCUGAAGAUCAUGUUACCAGGGACUUCAGAGAAGGCAUUGCAAAGUUGGGUGAUUUACGAUUUAGAGUACUCGACUCAGCUGGUUUAGAAACUGCAGCGACUUCAGGCUCCAUUCUUGACAGAACUGCAGGCAUGACGGCAAAUGUGCUUGGAAGAUCACAGUUUGCAAUAUUCUUAGUCGAUGCAAGAAUUGGACUGCACCCCCUUGAUCUGGAGGUUGGAAAGUGGCUACGGAAACAUGCACCUGACAUCAAGCUUGUAGUAGCAUUGAACAAAUCAGAAUGUUUUUUUGAUGGCAAUAAUUCUCUUGUCUCUGUAGCUGCCGAAGCAUACAGAUUAGGAUUUGGAGACCCAAUAGCUAUAUCAGCUGAAACAGGAUUGGGUUUACAAGAUCUUUAUGAGGCUCUGAGGCCUAAGCUUGAGGAUUAUAUGCUCAAAGUCUUGAAUGAGGAAGAUGCUGAGGGAAGUAAUUUGAAUCACGAGACUCAGGACAGCAGUUCCUCUGAGGUUGAGGAGAGUAAGUUGUCAUUACAGUUAGCGAUUGUAGGAAGGCCCAAUGUUGGGAAAUCAACAUUGUUGAAUUCAUUGUUACAAGAAGAGCGAGUUUUGGUGGGUCCAGAAGCUGGAUUGACAAGAGAUUCUAUCAGAGCUGAAUUCAAAUUUGAAGAGAGAACUAUAUACCUGGUUGAUACUGCAGGUUGGUUGCAGAGGUCAAAAGAUGAGAAAGGACCUUCAUCCUUGAGCAUUGUGCAAACAAGAAAGAGUCUAAUGAGAGCUCAUGUAGUUGCUUUGGUGCUUGACGCCGAAGAGAUUGUUAAAUCUAAGAGAAGCAUGACUCAUACUGAAGUUGUUAUAGCAAGACGUGCAGUAGAAGAAGGGCGUGGUUUAGUUGUAAUUGUGAACAAAAUGGAUUUGUUGAGAGGGCACAAAAAUUCCACCUUAUAUAAGAAAGUUAUGGAAGCUGUUCCUGAAGAAAUUCAGACUGUCGUACCUCAGGUGACCGGAAUACCCGUUGUAUUUAUAGCUGCAGUGGAGGGUAAGGGCAGGAUGGCUGUCAUGCACCAAGUCAUCGAUACAUAUGAUAAAUGGUGUUUAAGGUUGUCUACAGCUCUCCUCAACCGCUGGUUGCGAAAGGUCAUGAGCAGGCAUUCUUGGAAAGAUCAGGCUGCACAGCCCAAGGUCAAAUAUUUUACACAAGUAAAGUCGCGACCGCCCACUUUUGUGGCCUUCGUGAGUGGGAAAACGCGGCUUUCAGAUACAGAUACCAGGUUCUUAACAAAGUCUUUGAAGGAAGACUUUGAUUUAGGUGGAAUUCCCAUCAGGAUCAUGCAGAGAAUUGUUGAAAGAAAAGCUUCAGGGAGCAAUAACAAGCCUACCAAGUCUUAUGGCAAAAUGGCAGACAGAACCUGGUCUGACAAGAGAAAUGCUUCUACUUAACUAACAUUGUUAGGUUAAACAAGGGCUUAUUUUUGCUUUCCCUCCUGUGAAGUUUUGAAUAUUUUUGUAUGGGAGGGUUACAGUUAUUGUAGUUCUCGUGUAUGCUGCUGUAAGGUAGCUUUGUUCAACAUUAGUACAAAAAAUCAAUGCAAAUGAUAUAGUUCUUGUAUUGAAAAUGUGUACAUUCCAAAGUGCAAAGUAGUUGGGUAGAAACAACCCAACGGAACAAAAUUUGGAGUCCCAUAAUGUUUUACUGUUUAUGUGAUAUGGUUUUUUUCCUCUGCA